AUGUGCAGCUACGGCGGGAAGAUCCACCCGCGCCCUCACGAUAACCAGCUCUCGUACAUCGGAGUACCAGCUCUCGGGGAAGAUCUCGACGCGUUGAUUUCCGUCACGAACGACGACGAUCUGGAUGAGCGGUUGUACCGGAUAUUGCCGAAGCCGACGCGCCUGAGGAUUUUCAUUUUUCCGACGCUGAAUCAGAGCUUGAGCUCGUCGACUAGGAGCUUCGGCUCCGAUGAUGUUAAAUCGGAGAAGGAGAGGUUCGUGGAGGCGUUGAAUUCUGCGCCGAUUGUCACUGCGCAGCCGCAUACGGUGGCGGCAGCGGCUCCUCAGCCGCAGCCGCCGUCUAGUAACGCCGAUUUCCUGUUUGGAUUUGAGAAAGCGAAUGCAAUGGCGCCGCAACCACCAAUUCAACAACAGAUGAUGGGGAGAGCUCCGGAGAUGGAGGAUCCGGUGUUCCUUCAAGCACAUGAUGAGCGGUCAAUUGCGAUGGAUCCGAUCUAG